ACUUUCCCCCUGAUGAUGGAAAUCGUCGGCAGGGAUAGAGCAACGACCGGAUAGAAUCUGACUCAACGAAGUGACAGUACGCUUCCAAAACCUCUAUUUUUUCUGGAUGAAAAUGACAACUUCCGAUCAGUCAUUUUAAGUUUCAAGACUUCCAGAAAUCUGGGGAAACAUUUCUCUUGAAGGGUGGCUGGAGUCAGGUGUUUUCAGUUAACCAGGAUAGCCUACGUCACGACGACUGGAAGACAUGGGGAUAUUAUAUUCAGAGCCAAUGUGCCAAGCGGCCUAUGACAAUGAUGUCCAUGAAGUCUACCGCCUCUACAGGGACAACCCUAAGAGUCUGAAUGUCCAAGAGGAGUCGUCUGGUGAAACACCCAUCAUUGCUGCAUGCCGGAGAGGAAACCAUAAUGUAGUGAAGUACCUGCUGGACUUGGGUGCAGAUGUUUCCAUAUGCAACAAGAAACAGAGGACGUGUUUACACUAUGCUGCCAAAAGAACAUACUCCUUUUUGGAUUACCUCAUGAUUGUCAUUAUGAUGCCAAUUCUGUUAAUCGGAUACCUAAUACUGCUUGAGAAGCAAAAGAAGAAUGAGGAUUUAAUGAAGUUGGUUUUGAGCAGCAAAGUGGAAGUAAAUUGCAAAGAUUAUAAAGGCAACACAGCACUUCAUUAUGCCUGUCUGAGAAAAAGCAACACAAUUGUGCCUUUGCUACUCGAAAAAGAAGCAGACAUUUCGAUCAAGAACAAUAAGGGAGAGACUGCACUGGAUAUUGCAAGUAAGCAAAAGUUUAAGAAGAUUAUCACCUUGUUGAAGAAAUCAGGUUAAGGAAGUGAAGACAUCAUGAGGAACUUUGAGACUUUAGUCUAACCCUAGGGACAUCGAAACAGCCGGAAUGAAAACAUUAAUCUCUUGGGCACAUCGACCAUUGCAAAGGAAUGUCACCUGAAUGUUGGUUCUCUUACACAAUUUUUUCUUUGCUUUGUAUAUCACAGUUUACAAACCUGCUGCACAAAAUUGUUUUUACACUGUAUAUUUUUCAGGACAGUAUAAAACACUUGGGUCUGUGCUGCUGUCCAUGGUCAUUGUUUUGUCUCACUAAAAUUAUGUCAUGGUGACAUAAUUGAUUUUCCUUUAAAACAUUUUGAUCCAGUUGCUUUUGCACCUUGUAAGUAAUUUCAAUUGAUU